UGUAGAUCAUUAAUCCCGGGAUUAUAAUCCACUCUUAUUUAUAUUUAUAUACAGAGACACUGAGGGGAUUUAAUCUGCACUGUGUGAGGUACUGAUCACCGGCGGUACUGUCCAGGUCGAGGAUGGAGAUGCGGUUGUCGCGGCAGCAGUUGAAGCGGUUGGAGGAGCACCGCUACAGCAGUUCGGGCCGGUCGGUUCUGGAGCCGCUCCUGCAGCCCUUCUGGUGCUGGUUAGUGGAGCGGGUGCCUCUCUGGGUCGCCCCCAACCUCAUCACCAUCAUCGGCCUCGCCGUCAACGUCAUCACCACCCUGGUCCUGGUGUACCACUGUCCUACCGCCACCGAACAGGGACCCACGUGGGCGUACCUGGCCUGUGCUCUGGGUCUCUUCAUCUACCAGUCGCUGGACGCCAUCGACGGUAAACAGGCCAGACGGACCAAUAGCAGCACUCCGCUCGGCGAGCUCUUCGACCACGGCUGUGAUUCGCUCUCUACAGUGUUCGUGAUACUGGGGACGUGUGUAGCGGCUCAGAUGGGGUCGAGUCCUGACUGGAUGUUCUUCUCCUGUUUUGCCGGAAUGUUCAUGUUCUACUGCGCUCACUGGCAAACCUACGUAUCAGGAACAUUGCGCUUCGGCAUUAUCGAUGUGACGGAGGUGCAGUUCUUCAUUAUGACCGUGUAUCUCCUGGCGGCUGUAGGAGGAACCUCGCUCUGGCAGUCUGUGGUUCCGGUGGUUAAUAUCCGGGUGACGGUGAUUCCGGCUCUCUGUACUCUGCUGGGCGCCGUUUUCUCCUGCACUAAUUAUUUCCGGGUCAUUUUCUCAGGCGGGAUGGGCAAGAACGGAUCCACCGUCGCCGGGACGAGCGUUCUGUCUCCAGCGCUCCACAUGGGGGUUCUGUUAGUGUUGGCGCUUCUCGUGUAUAAACUCUCCUCUCAGCAGCUGUUCGAGACGAACCCGUGUGUGUUCGUGUUAGCGUUCGGCUUCAGCUCCGCUAAACUCACCAACCGCCUGGUGGUAGCUCACAUGACGAAGAGUAAGAUGCAGCUCUUUGAUGUCACAGUCGUUGUUCCUGUGCUGCUCUGUAUAAAUCAGUACUGUAACAGCGUCUUCAGUGAGCGGCUCCUCCUGUGGGCGGCGCUGGUGGUGUCGGUGUGUGAUCUGGUGUGUUACAGUACGAGUGUGUGUAAGCAGAUCUCCAGUCACCUCAACAUCAGUGUGUUCAGCCUGCAGAGACCAAAACCCUCCCGCAACCAUCACUAACACACACACACACACACACACACACAUUACACACACACAUUAUACACACACACACACGUUAUACACACACAC